AUGGGUGACAGUACAAGUUACACAAGAUGCAAGUUGGAGUUCCAUGCUUGUUCUACAGGCAGAAGCCUCACCACCCUCUGUGAUGGUCCCUGUCCAUGUCUCCCGGAGCCUGAGCCACCAAAACACAAGGCAGAAAAGAAUGCCUGCACAGACAAGGAGUUAAGGAACCUUGCAUCGCGGCUGAAAGACUGGUUUGGAGCUCUUCAUGAGGAUGCAAAUAGAGUCAUCAAGCCCACCAGCUCUGACACAGCCCAAGGCAGGUUUGACACCAGCAUCCUGCCCAUCUGCAAGGACUCCCUGGGCUGGAUGUUCAACAAGUUGGACAUGAACUAUGACCUCCUCCUUGACCACUCAGAGAUCAAUGCUAUCUACCUGGAUAAGUACGAGCCCUGUAUCAAGCCUCUCUUCAACUCUUGUGACUCUUUCAAGGAUGGCAAGCUCUCUAACAAUGAGUGGUGCUACUGCUUCCAGAAGCCUGGAGGUCUCCCUUGCCAGAAUGAAAUGAACAGAAUUCAGAAGCUGAGCAAGGGGAAAAGCCUACUGGGGGCAUUCAUACCUCGGUGUAAUGAGGAGGGCUAUUAUAAAGCCACGCAGUGCCAUGGCAGCACAGGGCAGUGCUGGUGUGUGGAUAAAUAUGGGAACGAGCUGGCUGGCUCCAGGAAACAGGGUGCUGUGAGCUGUGAAGAGGAGCAGGAAACCUCAGGGGACUUUGGCAGUGGUGGCUCUGUGGUCCUGCUGGAUGACCUCGAGGAUGAACAGGAGCUGGAACCAAAGGACAAAGAGUGGAAGUUGAGGGUGCACACCCGAGCUGUGACGGAGGAUGAUGAGGAUGAGGACGACGACAAAGAGGACGAGGUCGGGUACAUAUGGUAGUGCCCACAAGGAAGAGGACACAAGUUGUGCACAAAAUUGCAUCACUUCCUAGUCCUGCAUUUGUAUCUAAGACUCCAAGGCACCCAGGCCUCUUCUCCAUUGUUGCUCUCUAUACCCUACCUGAGGUUUGGAAGACAACUGCUGCUUGUUCCCAGAGCGUUCUGAUUUCGCAUACGGUUGUGUGGGAGAAAGGGUGUUGUGUUUUGGGUUUUUUGGGAUUGGGGAAUGGUUGGCUUAAUUAGAGCCUCCUUCCCUCCCAUGAGAUUUUUGCAACAAGCAUGUGAUUUAUGUGGAAUUCUGACAGUACAGGGAGCCCCCACCCUCUUAAACGUCAAAGACCCUUUUUGAUUACCCACACCGGUGGUUAUCACAGCAUGGUUCCCAGCCUUACAGUGUCUAAGUGCUUUUCUUGUGUCCUGUUAGAUGUUGUGAAAAACACACCACACUAUCUUUUUCCGCCUGCCCCCACCACUCCUGGUAUUUAUUAUUUAAAAAAUUAGGUUUUCACAUCACUAUAGCUGGCUUCCUACAAACACAGCCUUAAUUCAGUCAAAAGUCCCUUUGGGGAAUUCAUUUUCUAUAUUAAAAAUUGGUGUCUGGAUGCUUCUUUCUGUACAUGCAUAAAUAUGUACAGAAGAGACUCUGUGUGUGUACAAACCUCUCAGAUAAAGUAUUUGGGUGUCUAUUAAAAACUCAUUUGAAAAACAAUUAUAAAUUUGUCAGCUUGUCCAGACCUGGAACAAAAAAUUUGUAUCAAAGUCCUUUUUUGCACUAACAGUUGGCACUUGUAGCCUGCAGGCUGAGGAGGUUUCUUCUCUAUGCAUCAGCACAGUUGCUGGAAGCCUCUUUGAUUUGGAUAAGCCUCCGUCUGCAUAAAUUGCUUUUCUUGCAGAAGCCAUGCACCUCCACGUGGGCAGCUUCACAAGCCAUCUCUUUCAUUUCUGCUCAAAGCUCCCUUGGGCUGCAGCCGUCCUGGUUGCCGCAGAUUCCUCCCUCCCCUCCCUACUCAAGGGCUUCUUCUAAGGCAUGCACACAUCCCCCUUAUUCUCUGAGAAGACAGUACCACAGUGUUCCUUAAGAGAAGAAAAUUUAGGAUUCUUAAUGUUUUGCUUUUGCCCCCUUUCUA